AUGUCCACUGAGGAUUGUUUGACAAAUAGAUUAUUCGGUUGUGCAAUAGGACAAGCAAUACUGUACUACACAUGGUACCAGUCGGAUUCCUCGGUCACAAAUUUGAUGGGACCUAACCAAGGUUAUUUCAGGAUUCUUGAUAGCGUCAGAAAUAUAUGGGGUUCACAGAACCACGGGGACUUGUUCAAUUUCCUUAUAGUCUCUCACUCAGGAGCACAGUUGUAUCAGCUCACCGAGGCCAUCAUGAUCGUUCUAGUGCAAUGGUUUUUCGUUCGGGCCAUCUGGCCUUCACUGGUAUACAAUCUUUGGUCGAGGGAUCUUCUGGUCGGGGCCAUACAAGACAACGAGAUCGUUAUAUUCAUUGCAAUUUGCACUUCGACUGCUGCGGAUCUCUACAUUGCCGUCUCUCUAUGUCUAGUGCUGCAUGGUGCACGCACUGGUUUCAGAAGUGUAAUCGCCAUGAUAUUUUACCUGCCGGUGGGAUCGAUCUAUGCUAACUCUCUCCUUGCUGCGCUCAAUAUCCGAAAACGUGUCAGUGAAGCGGGUGCUGCGGCUCACAAUUCGGUCGUUGUCCCCAAUAUAAAUACAGACCAUUUGGGCCUGCAGAACCACCAAGAAAGUGACGAACUACAUGGUCUACCGGACUCGCAGCCCACGGCUGAUAUUGAGUUAGCAGACAACGCUGAAUCGGCGGCCCAGUGGCGACUGGCUUGA